AGAGACGAAAUUAAAUGUCUACACAGUUGAUUAGAUGCAUAUGAAAAGACUCCCACAAUUCGCCUACCCAGCAUUUUCAAGAUGCCUGUGCUUGAGAGGGCAGUGUGUUGUUACAUUCGGUUUGGAUUUAGAUAGAAUUGAGGAUGGAAGUAACUUGGAUACAGGAAUUGAUUCAUACAGGCGAUACAAGGAAGAUAUAUUGGACAUUAAGAAAAUUGGUGCCGACACUCUAAGGUUUUCAAUCUCAUGGACCAGGAUUCUACCCAAUGGGUCCUUGAGUGGAGGAAUAAACCAGGAGGGUAUCAAUCACUAUAAUAGCUUCAUUGACGAAUUGCUUAAACAAGGCAUCACACCUUUUGUGACACUCCUCCACUUUGACUGGCCGGAAGCCCUUGAAAGGAAGUAUGGUGGCUUCUUAGACAGCUCCAUUUUGGAUGAUUUCAAGCACUAUGUUGAAAUUUGUUUCAAAACAUUUGGAGAUCGGGUUAAGAAUUGGAUUACCAUCAAUGAACCACUGAUUAUUGCCAAACAUGGGUAUGACUGGGGGUUAGCUCCACCUACAAGAUGUUCUAAUAGGAACUUGUGUGUUGCUGGCAAUUCAUCCACUGAACCCUACAUUGCUGCCCACAAUUUUUUGCUUGCACAUGCAACUGCCGUUAGGCUCUACAGGGAAAAGUUCCAGGCAGAGCAAGGAGGACAAAUCGGACUGAGCCUUGUUGGACAGUAUUAUGUGCCUUAUUCAGAUUCAGUACUUGAUAAAAAGGCAGCACGUAGAGCUAUGGACUUUGAGUUGGGAUGGUUUAUGGAACCACUGGUGUAUGGAGAAUACCCAUCUAUCAUGAGAAAAUUGGUGAAGCAGAGGCUACCCACUUUCACUGAGAAAGAGAAGAAGUUAGUUAAAGGAUCUUUUGAUUUCAUAGGCAUCAAUUACUAUACGACAAGGUAUGCAAAGAGCAUUCCGUUUGAUCCGAAAGCUCCACCAGUCAGCUAUAGUGCUGAUCAUUUUUUAAAUGAAACAGCGGAAAAAGAUGGAGCUCUUAUUGGUCCAAAUCCUGGUGGGAGCAAGUUCAUUUACAUUUAUCCAACGGGGCUUAAGAAGCUUUUGAAGUUUAUGAAGAAGCACUACCAAAAUCCUAAGAUCUAUAUCACUGAGAAUGGGACUGUGGAGAGACGACAUGACAGCAUUCCCAUUGAUCAGGUGCUAAAUGAUCAACAUCGCAUUGAUUUUAUUUCUCAGCAUUUGCAUCAAAUCCGUUUGGCAAUAAAGAGUGGGGUUGAUGUUAAAGGAUAUAUCCAUUGGAGUUUGUUUGAUGAUUUUGAGUGGACUGAGGGAUAUAAUGUCAGAUUUGGGCUUUACUACACCGAUUACAGAAACAACCUCAGGCGCAUCCCUAAAAAAUCAGCUAAGUGGUACCAUGAUUUCAUCAAAGGUGAUGAAGACCAGGCAUAAAGUCUUGGGGAUAAGUGUGCUGAGUUGCCUGUAACAGGGUCCUGAGUAUAUAUGUAACAGAAUUGUAUCUGUAUUUGUAACCAGUCAAUUCUGUUUCUGUGGUGGAGGCUGAUCUAUUCAUGUCUAAUUAAAUGCAAAAGGUAGACCAUGUAAUGCAUAAGGCUAUUAUGUUGCAUAUAUGAAAUUUGGGCUUAUUUAUUCAGUGAUUGAUGUAUUGUGGUGUGAAUAGAAUGCUGUACAUGAU